GGGAGAGAGAAAGGAGGGUUUAGAAAGAAUAGCGAAGCGGAAAAGAAAGAGAACAGAAGAGAGCUUGAGAUUUGCUCAGUUUCCCCAAAACACCGACACACUGGUGGUGGAGUGGUUUGAGUGAAGAGGAGUGCAAGAAGUGGAAGCCUAGUUGAAAACUUUCGGUAUCUAAUAAAAUGUUUGGAGAUUGCCAAGUGAUUUCGACGAUGGGAGGGAACAUAGUUUCAACAGAAAAUCUCUUUUCAUCACAGCCGGCGUUACAAAACCAAAACUUCAACUUCAUGCCUUUCCAUCCUUUUUCCCCCAUGGCUACUAAAGAAGAGAAUGGAUUAUUGAUGAGAAGUACUAAAGAGGAGAUGGAUAGCGGGUCUGGCAGUGAACAGGCUGAAGACAAGUCGGGGAAUGAGUUAGAGAGCAAUGAGCAACAACCCGGCCAAAAGAAGAAACGCUAUCACAGACACACUGCUCGCCAGAUCCAAGAAAUGGAAGCCUUGUUUAAAGAAUGCCCACAUCCAGAUGACAAACAGAGGAUGAAACUGAGCCAAGAACUCGGCCUCAAGCCACGACAAGUGAAGUUUUGGUUCCAAAACCGGCGAACCCAGAUGAAGGCGCAACAAGACCGGACCGAUAAUGUGAUACUUAGAGCAGAAAAUGAGACCUUAAAGAAUGAGAAUUACCGGCUGCAAACGGAGCUGCGCAAUGUUAUAUGUCCUAACUGUGGAGGUCCAGCCAUGCUAGGGGGCAUUUCCUUUGAAGACCUUCGCCUCGAAAACGCCCGCCUUAGAGAAGAGUUAGAUCGUGUGUGUUGUAUUGUUUCGCGAUACAACGGGAGGCCAAUGCAAACAAUGGGUCCAGCUCCUUCUCUAAUUCCUCCUUCAUUGGACUUGGACAUGAAUAUAUAUUCAAGGCAUUUUUCGGAGCCUAUAACUACUAGCACUGACAUGAUGCCGAUGCAAAUGCUUCCUGAUACUUCAAAUUUCCCAGAGAGUGGUCUGGUGUUGAUGGAAGAGGAGAAGUCUAUUGCAAUGGAGCUAGCUAUCUCAUCCAUGGAUGAACUUGUUAAGAUGUGCCGACUAAACGAGCCUCUGUGGAUUCAUAACAGUGAAAAUGGAAAGCAAUUUCUUAAUCUUGAUGAGCAUGCCAGGAUGUUUGCAUGGCCUUUGAAUUUCAAGCAGCACUCAACCGAGCUCAGGACCGAAGCCACUCGUGAUAGCGCCGUGGUUAUAAUGAAUAGCAUCACUCUAGUUGAUGCCUUUCUUGAUGCAAAUAAAUGGAUGGACCUGUUUCCUUCCAUUGUUGCUAGAGCAAAGACUAUUCAAAUAAUUGCUUCUGGUAUUUCUGGAGCAACUGGUUCUCUUCACCUGAUGUAUGCAGAAUUGCAAGUUCUUUCUCCUUUGGUUCCCACUCGGGAGACAUAUUUCCUGCGUUAUUGCCAACAGAAUAUUGAGGAAGGAACUUGGGCUAUUGUUGAUUUUCCCAUUGAUGGCUUCCAUGUAAACAUUCAGCCUUCGUUUUCUCUAUACAGAAGACGCCCAUCCGGCUGCAUUAUACAAGACAUGCCCAAUGGUUACUCAACGGUUACAUGGGUAGAGCACGCCCAGGUUGAAGAGAAACCUAUUCAUCAGAUAUUCAGUCACUUUGUCUACGGCGGCAUGGCCUUCGGAGCGCACCGCUGGUUGGGAGUCUUACAAAGGCAAUGCGAGAGAGUGGCCAGCCUGAUGGCCAGAAACAUCGCCGACCUCGGAGUAAUACCCUCUCCGGAAGCACGAAAGAACUUGAUGAGGCUAGCCCAGAGAAUGAUUCGAACAUUCUGCGUCAACAUUAGCACUUCCAGCGGCCAGUCGUGGACGGCGUUGUCGGAUUCCCCCACUGACACUGUCAGAAUCACAACAAGGAAAAUCACAGAGCCUGGUCAACCUUAUGGCGUCAUUCUUUGCGCCGUCUCAACAACUUGGCUGCCAUAUUCUCACACCCAAGUCUUUGAUCUCCUGAGGGACGAACGCCGCAGAUCUCAGCAGCUUGAUGUUCUUUCCAAUGGGAACGCCUUACAUGAGGUGGCUCAUAUUGCUAAUGGCUCUCAUCCAGGAAACUGCAUUUCUCUUCUUCGAAUCAAUGUGGCGAGUAACUCAUCUCAGCACGUAGAGCUAAUGCUGCAAGAGAGCUGCACGGACCAGUCGGGAAGCCUUGUUGUGUACACCACCAUUGACGUUGAUUCCAUUCAGCUGGCGAUGAGCGGCGAGGAUCCGUCGUGCAUCCCGCUUCUCCCUUUAGGGUUUGUCAUAGUCCCGGUGGAACCCAUGAAGGAGACUACAAGCGGCGGCGAGGGCAACUCGAUCUCAUCAUCUGAAGAUGCCAAUAUCCCAAACUCAGGAUGUCUACUCACAGUCGGGCUUCAAGUUCUCGCCAGCACAAUCCCAUCAGCCAAACUAAACCUCUCCAGCGUCACCGCAAUCAAUAACCAUCUCUGCAACACGGUGAACCAAAUCGGCGCUGCUCUCAGUAGCGGCACAAACAUAGCCAUGGCCAUCAACACCAGCUACACUGAGAGUAAUGGCAACCUUGUAGGCUCUAGCCUGGAGCCCAAUGUUGCACCGAAGCAAUAGUUGUUUAAUCAUAUGGCAAUCAUCCGAAACCUUCCCUCAAAAAAAGGUUACCCAAGCAUAAAAUCGAAAGGGCAUUUUGUUUGUUAUUUUGAUCAACCGCUAAUCCAUUUUUUUGUGGGAAGGUUUAGGAUUAAUUUCAUCAGGACGUGAAAUAAGUUAGAAGUAGUUGAAGUAUAUUAUGAUUUGGGUAAAUAAGAGACGAAUUAGUUGAUAUUGUGUGUGAUGGAAGGAGUCAAGAGCGCACCAGAUAUAAACCCUUGGUUUUUGGUGAGGCCUUAAAGAAGACGGGGCCUCACCACCCAGCAAGGGUGGUGGUUCGGGUAUUGACUUCUGCUUAGCUCGUUGGCCUUUUGGUUUGUAUCGAAUUUAAUGCUCUCUGUUGAGUUGUUAUUUUAUACACAUUUCUCUC